AUGGGAAGAGCAGAUUUGAUACUUAUGCUGGUGCUCCAUGUUUUCUUCUUCUCAACUUGCAGCUCUGCAUCUUUAGGUGGAGUUGGCCUCACCAAUUUGCCUCUUGGUACUCUACUUCUUACCUGUUUUCAUAAGCAUUUUAUACAUAGAAUACCUACAGGGAAAAUCAACAGAGCAAAGUGGAACAUUAUCUCGCAAUCCAAGGGGGAGGAGGAGGAUCGAAUGGCGGCCAUAUGGGGGGAUCCGGUGGGGAAGGCAAUGGCGGUUCCUAUCCUAAAUCACCGGCCUAUGGUGCCGGUGGUGGCGCUAACAUCCAUCGGGGCAACCAUCAUCGCGGAGGAACCUCUGUCCCGAGCAGCUGCUGUUGGGGAAAUACAGCCAUAA